AUGCUCGGCGCCGUCUUCUGGUCCUUACUCGCCCACUUCCUGUCGCGCCACGCCGCCAUCAUCUGGGCUCAGCGCGGUCUCGCCUUGGUGUCCGUUCUGUUUCUGGUUUGCUGCUGUGCUCUCGCGCCCGCGAGCCCGGCCCAUGCUCAUUCUCACGACGACGCGGACGACGAGGAGCAGCCGACCACCAACCGGCCUCAUGCUCAUGGUCGCGGGGUGGCGACGGCGCUCACAGACCAUGCCCUCCUCGUCGCCCUCUUCCUCCUCUACGCCGGCGCAUCCAUGACCUGCACCUUCGUCACGCCCCUGGCGCUCCGAGCCGGCGUGGCGCCGACGACAGCAGGGUUUGCCCAGGUCGGCAUGUACUCGGUCGGCCUGGCGGGAUACUUCAUGAUGGGGGACAUGGAGCGCGCCGUUUCCAGAAAGUGGAUUCUCGUGGCCGCCGCUGUGGUCUCGGGCUGUCAGAUCGCUCUCUUUCCGCUCAUGCUGUCUACCCCCGUCGUCUUGCUCUUUUUCUGCCAACUAGGGUUGUUUCUGGCCAUGCUGAUGGCGACCACGCCCCCUUAUUUCCUGCAAUCGAUUUCCUGUGGCCGUGGCGCCCGACUCCAACUAGUUGCGUCGAGCAUCGGGUUCUUGCUGGGCGGCCCGGUUUGUGGCUUCGUCGAGGAUAUCGGCAAGGGAUGGGUGGGUGGCAGCGUGGUUUGCAUGGCGACCCUGCUGGGGGGAUCGCUUGCGCUGGCCACUACCCUGACCUGCAAGCGGACGCUGCGACGCCGACUGUAG